AUGGAGCUAAAUGCUAAAGACGCCCUCAAAAGCGACGAUCCUACGCCCACUGCAUAUACAUACACGUGCAAAAUCUCACCCGCCACAUCUCCAGCUGAAUCAACACUCCCCAUCAUACAUACGCCAUUAACGGGCUCUGAAAGUGAAAUAGAGAAUUUUCCCGAAGACGCUAUUAUCAUCAAGAAGGGAAAAGAAGAAGAACAGUCAAUUAACGGCGAAAGCAUCGAAAGCCUAGGUCUCGAGACGAUGUCGCUUACUAGCGGUAGUUCUCAACAGCAAACCUCGCUCAAGAAUCAAGAAUCACAACGGCCAAAGAGCAAGUCGUUGUUUCCAUUUCCAGCUGACGUUACUCAAAGCAUCCUUGAGAUGCUUUCUCCAGCUGAUAUCCAAAACUUUGCUCUCUCUUCCAAAGCAAGUUGUAUAACUGCUUUGCCAAUGCUUGUUCGCUGUGUCACAUUGCCCCUAUCAGACGACAAAACUGGCUUUGGGAAGAUUUUAGGUGUCAAUGUAAAAAACUAUAUUGGAACCGCGAUCGUGGAUAUUUCCAACCCGACGUUCUGGACCACUAACUACCCCGGCCACCUUACCAUCGGUAAAACCCUUCACGAGUUCGAAAACUUAAAGCACCUCAUCAUCAAGAAAUCUUCACCAUACGUCAGUGAUGCUGUUCUUGGCUCGGUCCUCCUCUUCGUUGUCGAGCAAAAUGUUCUCGAAGAACUUACAAUAGACUUUGCCUUCUCGGAACAAAUUGCCGGGGUUAAGGCCUUCAAAGACAGGUUUCGCCAAUGUUGGCUAACUAUCCACGAGGGCGCCUUUCAUUCCAAGCAAAGGCAACUUACAAUUUUGAACAUCAAGAUAAUAAAUCCCAACCUUGAAUACGACGGUCUCAAUGAAUGCCAAGAGUUCUGGGUUACUAUAAUGCGUACAGUUCAGAAACUUAGGAUUGACCUCAGAGGUGUUCCAGUUCCAGAAUAUGCACCAGACAAAUCUCUCAUAUGGACCAAUUACUUGCAAAUGGUUUCAUCAUGUGGUGUAAAUGAUAUUGAAGUGGUAUUUGACGAAGAUGUUAGCCGACACUACACGGAGAUCGGUUCUCAGUUUCCCAAUAUAGAAAGACUCAAAGUGGGCUUUACAGGGCACAGUAGAAGCAGGCCAUCGGCCGAGCUUUCGGGGCUUGGGCGAAUGAGAUUUCUAAGAUCAGUUGAUUUGCCAUGGGCCUACGAUAACAUAGUCAGUGACUCCGGCAUUGUUGGGAACAUCUACAGCAAAGCAAAGGAGAGGGCCAAGGAAGUUGUUCGGGCGAAGACGCCAACAGAAUCAAAGGAUGAAAAAAUGAAAUUGCAAGUUUUGAAGCAAACAAAAACUGCUUUGGCGAUCCAAAGCCUCACAUCUAUUAAAGAUGUAACCUGGAGAUACGUAUCAGAAGAAGACGGAGAGGAAGUCUUGUUGAAAUUAUCCAUCCAUUGGACUGGCAAAGAGCCUCGCGUUACAGAAGUUGGAUUUGGCGGAGAAGAAUAG